AUGGCCGACGACAACACUCUAGGGUCUCUUCUUGACCUCCUGCGUCGGCUUCCGCCGACGCGCGUCGAGGCUAACGUCGAGGCGCUGGCCGACCUCUCUCCCGAGUUCGCUGACGAUCUCUACGCGAACACGGACCAGCCUUUGCGCGUCCUUCACGACGAUGAGGCGGGCCGUGCCUUCUUGGGAUGCGACUACAACCGCGACGGUGACAGCUUCCGUUCCCCCUGGACUGACAAGUACCUGCCGCCCGCGCCUGGUGCGCCGCAGCCCUCGCCGCGACUGAGGCAGCUCGAGGUGCUGCUCAAUGGCGCGUUCGACACCUACCGCGAGAUGUACUAUGAAGGCGGGACCAGCAGUGUGUACCUCUGGGAUCUGGGGGAGGACAUGGGGACCAAGGACCUCGAGUUUGCCGGCGUCGUCUUGAUGAAGAAGGACCUUCCCGCUGAGACUGGGCUCACGGGAACCUGGGAUUCGCUGCAUGUCUUCGAGUGCACUGAGCGCGGGCGAACGGCAAAGUACAAGCUCACGAGCACGGUCAUGCUCGUCCUCGAGGCGCCGACGUCGGCUACUCUCACCGACAAGGCAGGGGCCAAGGUUGGAGGCGCAACGGCCAAGGGCAACGUCACGCUGAGCGGGAGCAUGACGCGCCAGGCCGAGGUUGACUACCCGCUCACGGGGCCGACGUCGCACGUCAACAACGUUGGGCGGAUGGUGGAGGACAUGGAGAUCAAGAUGCGAAACCUCCUGUCCGCAGUGUACUUUGGUAAGACGCAGGACGUUGUCGGCGAGUUGCGCUCGCAGAUCGGACUCGAGGCGCGCUCCCGCGAAGACCAGCUGCGCGCCGAGCUUGCUGGCGCGAUUGGGGCGCGCCGCUAG